CACCGCAUUCGUGAAACUGAAAACGUUUUUUUAUUACAGAGUCAGUUUGGCACUGACUCAGUUUUAAAAACGAAUUCGCUAUUAGUGUUUCCGCUGAAUAUAAGGCUAAUGUGAUAGCGUGCAGUGAACAUUUGUGAAAUCACGUCGGAAAAGAUGGAUAAAAGUGAUAUUUCCAUGUGCCAUUUUCACUCCCCCACGUUCAUAGAAACAAACGUAUUUUCAUUAUUUUGACGUUAUGAAGUGGAUGUUUCCAAGGCUCUCAGUGUCGCUUUCGGGAACUACGCAUACGACAGCUCUCUGGACCUUUUUACCACAUAAAUAAUCGAGAUAAGCCACGAUACAAUUGUCAUCUGUUAAAAAAACCAACAGUUGAAUAAUUUCAUGAGAAUUUUGGCUCAAAUUAUCAUGCAACCGUAUAUUACUAUUGAAGGAGUGAAAGAUGGAUGGAAUGCAAUCAAUAAAAUGCAAGUACGAGGAGCCCCAGCUAUAGCAAUUGUUGGUAGUCUAUCGUUGGCAGUGGAAAUCUACAAUGAAAAUUUUGAUAGUAAACAAUCUUUCAAGCAGGAAAUUGAAAACAAAUUGAACUAUCUUGUUUCCGCCAGACCAACCGCCGUUAACAUGAAAAUCGCAGCUGACGAUCUAACAUCUUUAGUGCGAGAGUUAGCCAACGAUGAAGCUGUUACAUUACAUGAAUUGAAGUCAAGUUUUCUGAAAUCUGCCGAAAGAAUGCUGGCUAAGGACAUAUCCGACAACAAAGCAAUAGGUAAAUGCGGUGCUGAUGAAAUUCUUUCGAAUGUGCCAGCAGAUUGCGCAAUCAAGAUUCUCACUCAUUGCAAUACUGGAUCUUUAGCAACAGCAGGCUACGGGACAGCCUUAGGAGUGAUUCGAUCAGUACACGAACGGAGUCGCCUCGAGCACGUAUAUUGUACCGAGACAAGGCCCUACAAUCAGGGGGCAAGGCUCACUGCGUAUGAACUAGUUCACGAUAAACUACCGGCCACGUUAAUUUGUGACAAUAUGGUUGCUUCACUCUUCAAGCAUCGUUGUGUGUCGGCUGUCGUAGUGGGAGCAGAUCGAGUUGCUGCUAAUGGAGAUACAGCGAAUAAAAUUGGAACUUAUCAAAUGGCGGUUGUGGCGAAGCAUCAUGGCGCAUCGUUCUAUGUGGCAGCUCCUCUCACAUCCAUUGAUUUAACAAUUACAUCCGGCGGGUGCAUCACUAUUGAGGAGCGUCCAGAGCGUGAAAUGACCCACAUUGGAGAACUGAGGAUAGCUGCUCCAGGUAUUGCAUGUUGGAACCCAGCUUUUGAUGUUACCCCUGCAGAUCUUAUUACAGGAAUCAUCACUGAAAAGGGUGUAUUCAAACCAAAAGAACUCAAGGACAAAAUAACUGAAUUAGCAGCUACAGAGAAAAAGAAUGAAAUAUUAUGAUUUAUAGAUAAUAGAUGAAAAUAAGAUAUAUUUUUCCUUUAAAAUACAGACAAAAAAAAUUAUGACAAUGUCCACUUUUGUCCACGGUGAGAGGGUGGAAAAAAUGCCCACGUGGACACGUUUAAUAAAUAUUCAAAAGAAUCCAUUCUCAUCUUUAUUCAAA